AUGGACGCCCAUAUCAAACAGCUCCGUGCCAAUGGCAAGACACCCCAGUACUGUCGGCAGGUCACGUCUGCCCAGCUAGGCGACAUCAUUGAGCUUCUUCUCCACCAACAUCUGCUCUCCCAGAGCCAGAAAGUGGACUUGAUCGCGACCAUCUCCAACAUCCUCCUCCUCAACCGUCAAUUGCACGCCAGCUUCACCUCCCAGUGGUCCAUCAAGGUGUUGACAUACUUGGACAGCUUUUUGGCCGAGGUGGUUCCGGAAAUCGACCCUGCCGUCUCCCCCAAUUUUCUGGCUCUUGUCAUCGUCUACCGACUCGUGUUCCUCAUCCUUUACGACGGCUUGCCCGUGGUCAAGCCCUACGUCGACGACACCAACCAGAUCCUCACCCAGGGCCUUCGUCAUCUGUUCAAGCACUACCAGACGUACAAGAACGAGCCCUACUACGAAAACGUCACCGUGGAGAUCCUCAAGGGCCUCUACACCCUCAACCACAAGUAUGCUGACCAAUUGGAUGCUAGUAACCGAAUCAGCACCGAAGAGUGUAUAGAAUUCUUUGUCACGGUGGUCCCACUAUCAUGUUCGUCAUUGGAACCCAGCGAGGUCAUUUUGGUCAGAUACUUCAUCAAUUUGAUAUUGGUGGUGUCCACCCAGCUGGCCCUCGACAAAUCUCGCAUUCUCGAUCAUCUCAAAACCUACCAGCAGUUCCUCACCAUCGUCGUCCAGUUGCUUGCCACAAACCUCGAAGACCCCGACAGUGAAGAAGUGCUUUCCGACAUUACCAACUUAUUUAUUAUCCUCAACUUCAUUACUGGCGAAUGUAACAGACAAAACUCCCACGGCGACUUGGAUCGACUUGUGGUCAUAUUGAAACACAAUAUCAUACCCACAGGCUCCCCUGCCCAUCUGCAGUCCUCCGCUCAACUCGUUGAAGACUCUUCUAUAUACCAGAAAGCUUUCAAUCUAAUUGGAAAAUCUCAAUCGUCCUUGACGCAAAGAUCAAUAGCAGACCAAUUGUCGUUGUCCAACGUCACCAAUGUGAUUCUUCAGUGUUAUUACAACCUCUGCUUUUCCGAAAACCAAACGCAGCUCUUCCUCGACUUGAUAGGCUAUGGAUACGCCAAAGACUUCAUGCAAACCAAUAAUAUUGCCAUACCUUCCGAUAUCGAGCUCGAUUCGUACAUCCAGCCAAAUCCAAAAUAUUUGGGCAAGCCCAAGGAUAAACCACCCAUUCUUGACUUUACCGAUUUCAACCACUCGCUCAGCUCAAUCUUGCUGAACCACACUAAAGGUACCAGUUCUGAGCCCGAAGAAAUGACGAAGCAAGAAAAGGAAAUGGAAGCAGAAAAGUUAUUUGGAAUAUUCGAUAAAAUGGAGAAGUCGAGUGUCUUUGAAGGCUUCAAGAAUCCGGUUAGGGAGUGGCAGCAGUCGGGUAGAUUUGAGGAUCUUGAUGCCAGCGACUCCGACAAGGAUUAG